GUCUUCACACCGGCAGCAGCAGCAGCUCCUUCUGGAAGGUCAGACCCACGAUGGCACCCAAGAAAGUCUGUGUGAUUGGCUCUGGUAACUGGUGAGUUUGACAUACUCUGUAGAUAAAAAUGAACUUUAUUUGUCUGUAUGCAUCAGUUUAACUUUUGAACAGAGAGGCAUGUCAGUGCUGAGGUUAGAGUCACUGCAUUAGAUAUUAGAUGUCACAUAUAUUUAAAGGUCCUGUGUGAAUGCUGCUGAGAAGUUUGAAGGAACCAGGCACCUUUAGCUUUUGUAAAGAGCUGAUAAAUAAACCACAGGGUUGAUAAAGCUGUUGUGAAAGACUGCAGACUGGAUUCAGCUCUGCAGUGUUUGUGAAAGUCUUCUAGUUUGUGUAAACUUCUAGUGCCCCAAAGUAGUCACACACUCAAUCUUGACUAUAGAAGCAGCUCCUGUCCUUUAUGAUCAGCUGUUUCAGUGCUGAGUCAGCCCUUAGGGGGUGUUUGUAUCUCUGAACCAGCGUGAUAUUUACAUUAGAUGAAUAAUUCAGAUGUUCAUUGUAGCAACAUCAGGUCAUGGAGGAAACUUUGUUAGAAGUUUUGCCUGGUUGUGUUUAUCAGAAUGUACAGUUUUUAUUCCUGCUGCUUUAACAAACUCGCAGCAUUUAACACUGUCGCCCGUUUGAGCAAAGUUCUGUCAAAUCAGGUCUGUUUGAUUUGGUUUAAGCUUAGUUUAAGUCAUUUUUAUUUGAGAUGUAUUAAUUUUUUUUCAUUCAACCAGGAUAGACAGCUGCACAGUUUACAGAGUUCCUGACAGAUGAACAGCAGCCAUACAUACGAUGAAAUAUGUGACAUAUUAGAAGAAAACAGAUCAUGCUUUGAGAACAUGGCAACCUCCUAAAAGCUGUCAAAUAGCCGUUUGUACCUGAUAACAACCAAGAGGUGUUAGGUUAUAUCAGUUUACUAGCCCGUCUAACUCAUACAUGAACACAAAUGUCAGCCUCAUAUCCACCUCUCUUAUCCCUCCAUGUGGGAUUAUAAUAAGCUGUCUUGAAAUGAGAUCCGUCUAUUGCUCGAUAAUAUUCUGUCAGUAUCCUGCUCUCACCUGUGGGGUUAUUCUUGUCUGCCAGAGUAAUGUAGGUCACCAAAUUUCUUCCCCAGAGCCCAGACUAAACAAGGUUUAAGUGUCGCAGGUCGUUCUGUGUCAAGCAAACACUGAGAUCAGUGUCAGUGGGCGAACAGUAAUUAAAAACAAAUGUUAUAGAUGUAGAAUUAGAGUUUAUGACAAUGCUGGGAGAAGUUUGUAGGUAUUGCAGGAGUUAAAGUUACAACGCUCUGUUUUAAGAAUGAGUCCGACUUUCAUAUGUUAGAAAAUUAGCAUCUAAAUUAGGGAAAAGUACUCAUCCGAACUAACCUUUAAAUUACAAAUCUUAACUAUAGUGAAUUCACUUCUAAACAUGACUUACAGAUGAGCUGUAAACUGUGUUUGUUUACAUGUGAGGUACUUAGUUAUAUCAUAGACUGUAUCUAGAAUGGACGCCGUCUGCCUCCUCGCUGGGUGAAGCCACUCCGAGAACAGCACCCUCUGCUGACGGGCUGCAGUAUAGGUCAUAAAUCCCGCCUCCUCCAGCAAUCCCUAUGGAGCUGUGGACAAACUCCAUAAAUGAAUGACAUAGAAUAUAUAUGUGUUUCCCCUUGGUUGCAAUGUUGACAUGUAGUUACUGUCAGACUGGUUUGUGCUCAAGUCCUCUUUUUUUUUAAAGUUAUUAGGGGGUUCAUGUUUUCUAUGAUUGACACUUGAUACAGCCUAUGGACGUACAAAGAUUGUGUAGCUCACCCAAGGGAACAGCUGUUUGAGCCGAGCGUCAUCACAGCGACUCUCCUGCUCAAUGCAUACAACGCUACUGCGCAAGAGGUCGUUCCAGGAAGCGGAGAAAAUCCCAGAAAUAACGAGAGUGUUUCAGCUUCAAAUUCAGUUAAUGACAGAAGGCGGAGCUAAGUUGUCCAUAAUAUAUACAGUCUAUGAGUUACAGCCUCUAUGAACCAAAUGCAGUGUUUAUAGAAUAUUAUCUUAUAAACAUGUAGGGAGUUUUUACCUGAAAAAACAUGAAUUAAAAGUUCAAGUCCCUAAAUAAGGUAUUUUUACGUUGAUGCACUCAUCUGCUCACACAGUCCAGACACAUUUUAUCUGCAAACUAAGAACUGAGACUCUCAACACAUCACUGUACACGAGGCAGCAGAAGAUAUCUGGUUUAUUCUUGGACACUGUCAGUUGAUCCGUCCAGUGUCUUCUUGGCACCAGGAUGAUCAUUGUGUGUCUCCACAGGGGCUCUGCCAUUGCCAAGAUCGUGGGCGCCAACGCGGCCAAGUAUGAUCAGUUUGACACCACAGUCAACAUGUGGGUGUUCGAGGAGACGGUGAACGGACGCAAACUCACAGAAAUCAUCAACACAGACCAUGAGAAUGUGAAGUAUCUGCCCGGACACAAGCUGCCCCCCAAUGUGGUGAGUGGAGAGGAACUGUCAUAGAUAUUUGGCUCCUACUUAGAUUUUGUUGUUGCUAUUUGAUCGUCAUGUCUCCUUUUCUUCCUCAUCAGUUGGCCGUUGCAGACUUGGCGGAGUCUGUUAAAGGAGCAGACAUCCUGAUCUUUGUGGUCCCUCAUCAGUUCAUCAUGAGAGUGUGCGACACGAUUAAAGACCACAUCAAGAAGGACGCUGUGGGAAUGUCUCUCAUCAAGGUGACGAUUUUUUAUCCAAACAUUGACAGGAAGAGGAAGUUGGGAAAAUAAAUAAACUCAUUUAUUUACUUUAAUUUAUGCGUUUCCGACUGAUUUAGGGUGUUGACGCGAGUCCCGAGGGUCUGAAGCUGAUCUCAGAGGUCAUUAGAACGAAACUCGGCAUCACGAUGACCGUACUCAUGGGAGCAAACAUCGCCAACGAGGUCGCCGAUGAGAAGUUCUGUGAAACAACCAUCGGUAGGGAGGAUAAUCCAGGAUUUGACUAGUAUAACAUCCUGAAUUUGUAGCUUUAAACUUAAUAACGUGAAUAAUUCUUGAUCUCAGGGUGCAAAGACAAAACUUUCGGGCCCAUGCUGAAGGAGCUGAUGCAGACCACCAACUUCCGAGUGACCGUGGUGGAGGAAUCUGACGUUGUGGAGAUCUGUGGGGCACUGAAGGUUAGCUUUUCCCUUCCAAUGAGGUUAAGUUCCUCCUUGAUUUUCAAAAUAAAGUAAGCACAAGAAAUUUAGAUAGUAAGUUUGGGCUAAAGCUCUUAAAAAGCACUAUUACUUCAUUCUCUGAGAGCGGCUGUGUCUCAGUUGUCCCACAUGCUAAAGUAUCCAAAAGUAAGUUGUAAGUUUACAAUUAUGUUGGUAUUAUAAAGAAGUAUUUGCAGUUAUUUGUCUACAAAACUUAAUUAUGAUUUCUAGAUGAAGUCAUGCUGAUAUCUGCGCUGGUGUAGAUCACCUCCUCUGUGUUGUCGACAGAAUAUUGUAGCAGUAGGUGCCGGUUUCUGUGACGGUCUUGGAUUCGGAGACAACACUAAAGCAGCUGUGAUCCGUCUCGGCCUCAUGGAGAUGAUCUCCUUCGCUAAGGUCUUCUGCACGGACUGUCCCGUCUCACCCGCCACCUUUCUGGAGAGCUGCGGCAUCGCUGACCUCAUCACGACCUGCUAUGGGGGGCGCAACCGCAAGAUCGGGGAAGCUUUCGCCAAAACAGGCAAAGUAAGAAAAACAGAUGUGAUCUUGCUCUGUGUUUAUUUUUAAUUACGUUGUUAGGUCUAAAACCUGCCCAAAUACCUGAAAACAUAUAAAGAAGAGAAAGACAAUGGUAUUUACUCGAGGAGAAUGGACAGAGAUAGUAUCAGGUACAAUCUCAAAACCACUCAGAAUAAAACAGAAUAAUGAACAACAGAAAAUAUGUGAGGGUCAAGGCGACAUUGUUGCAUCAAACGAGCUCCUCCUGAUAGGAGCGGAUCCUCCUCAUUACUUCCCACGAUUCGAGGUUACAUCAUCCACACACACACACCUGCUGAUAGGAGAAACGAGGUCACAGAAAAGUGAAGAAACACUCAUGUGCUGUGUAAUAAAGCUAUUUGAGAGAGAAGUUAGAAAACACUCAUAUGAUGUGUAACAAGAGGUCAAAACAGUUUAUACUUGUAGUAAACUCUUACAUAAGAAUAUGAGUAAAAAUGAUAACUUCUAUAUACAUUUAUACACAUUAUUCUGACAAAGUCUAUUCCUCCUUUUCUUUGAAAACUGAAUCGUCUGUUAUCUCUGUGUUCAGACCAUCGAGCAGCUAGAGAACGAGCUGCUGAAUGGACAGAAACUUCAAGGUCCAGCAACUGCAUCUGAGGUCCACGUUGUCUUAAAACAGAAGGACAUGAUGAAAAAGUGAGUUUGUCUUUUCUCAUUGACAAGCUUUCGACAAUUUUGUCUUGCUUUUUAAUCCCUACAAGCACUUAAAGGUGGUGUAGUCAAGAUCUGAGUUAGUUCCAGUUUUUAGGAGAAAUCUUGAAUGUAAACUCUACUCCUCCAACUAGUUUUCCCCUCAGCUCCUCCUCUCCCCUCAAGCCCCGCCCACAAACAGACGCUCCUGCUCGCUCGUAUCGUUCCAAUUAAAUUCAGAUAUAAUGCAGAUAAAUACUUAAGAUCAUUACAAAUGGGGCCCAGGCAAGAUGAAAGUCAAAAGCAUUGGUGCUACUGUAGAUGCCAACAGACGACCAGCAAACACAAUGUUUGCAGGACUUCUACAACUAGGAUAAAGUGACAUAGUCCAGGACCCGAGGGAGGACAGUUUAGCGAUGGCGCUACAACACGCUACAGCAGGUCCGUUUGACAAGAAACACUUCUGUUACAGACACUUGUCUUACUUUGUUAAAGCGAUUUACCUGUCCAGCAGAAAGGUUACAUGCUGACCCAGCUUUUUAGCUCUUGUCCGGUCUUCCUCCGUUUUAAGCGCCCGUUAUUCCUCCAGAGUCUCCGGUAUUUACUUUGUUUUCUUGCUUGUGUCGGCAGUCGUGGCCAAAGGAGGAUUCACACAAUUUUCCCAACUUUCUGGUUGGUUUCUACUGUCCGAUAUUUUAGCACGCUAACUUUGUUUUGGCUCCUGAACGACACGGGGGAGCAGCGUCCGACUCACAACCAAUCAGGUUGGGGCAGAGAACGGCUUCGUUCACAUUUAGAAAGAGAGGACCGCUCAAAAAUGUUCAAAUGUUGACUACACAGAUAUAAGAAAACACAGAGAUAUCGUUAUAUUACCAAAUGUCAUCAAUAACUAUUGACCGAUAUUAAAAGCUUGUUUGUAUAAACACCACAAAAAAAGAUCUUCUUUAACAGAAUCCUGCGUACCCCACCUUUAACAAUGUUUUUUCUUAUGUGAAGUGAGUGGUUAUCUAAUAACUUUAGGAAUCUAAGUGAUGAGGAUUCAGCUUUAAUAACAGUCUGCAUAACCCAGGUGAGGUAACAUCCUGGAGUUGUGAUGUUGCUGUGAGGUUGCCUAGCAACACUCAAGGAAGGCUACUUCUUUCUAUUCUCUUUAAAAGGGAAAAAAGAAAAUGGUGUUUAAGGUGUUUGAGCGUAGAGGAUCUUUUUAACAGGUCUUCUUUAUUUUGGACGAGGCCGGACUAGUUUGUGUCUGAUAGAUUAGGGUGACCAUAAGUCCUCCUUUACCCGCACAUGUCCUCUUUUUUGGGGGCUGUCUGGCUUGUCCAGCCUUGUCCGGGGGAGUGUAUAAAAUCCUUCAAAUGUACGGGGUUAGAAGCCAAAAAAAAAACACAAAACCUGACUCAAAAAACUCCCAAAAAUACUUACGUGUGACUCCGUGACUCUGCCCCCACGUAGUCGUAUCCUCUUUCUGGGGAUUCAGAACAUGGUCACCCUACGAUAGAAACAAACGGCAUAUCUUAGCUUUCCUCCAACUCUUCCCUAAGAAAGAUCCAUGUUUAUUUCUUACUGUUUUCUUCAUUCAGUGAUCUUGAGUCCUUUUGUCCAUCCAGGUUCCCUCUCUUCACCGCUGUGUACGAGAUCUGCUUCAACGGUCACCCAGUCACAGAGUUCAUCCAGUGUUUGCAGAACCACCCCGAGCACAUGUGAAAAGACUGACUGAAGGAGAAAUGAAUGAGGGGAAGCUGGGGAAGGACUUUUACUCCACUGUAGAUCCAGGGUGAUCAUGAGGGGGAAGGUCAGAUCUUUGUCUACUUUGGUGUUUGGAUCUUAAACAGAAGCACUAAAUCGAGCCGAGGUUCCCUCUCAUCCUGAGCUGCUGUUUCUCAUGGAAAAGUCACUCCUGUUUUUAUUGAUCAGACACAUACAUGUAAAAAAAAAAGUUAUUUAAAACCCUCAAGUCUUAAAUUUGUCUGUGCCUUACACAACACACAAACCGACCUGAAUGUUAUGAAAUGUUACAGGAUUUCUUGGUUGAAAAAAGUGCCUUAACUCUCUGAAGACUUCUUAUCAGUGUUAAACAAAGCCCUCCAAAGUUCCAACUCACUGUGUUUUUUCUUCUUAAGAUGUUGCCAAAAACUUCUCAAGCUUUAUUUUGGAAUAAAUUUUUGAACUUUGUGCUCACAGUCAGUGUUUCUUUUACUCUCCAUGGUACAACCUGCCUGCAGGAAACACUCCCUCGCUCUCUCGCUCUUCAGCCUCACUGUAACCUGACCUGAGCUCAACUGGGCUGCCA